CUGUGUUGAUCUGGUUGAUAAGGCUACAAUGCUAAAUGUUAAAGAACAACCAAGCUUGCAUGUAAUACAGAAGUAUACUAAGGCAGGUCAUGGCAAAAAUCGGGAAAAAUUUGUCGCCACUGAAAUAUGUAUUUGACUGCAAGAUUAGGACACCUUCAGCGGGUAGAAUUACUUGCGGCCAGCCCCCUGGAGGAGCAAGACCCCCCGAAGUGUCAAAAUAUCAAAAAUAGCUGUAUGCGGGAGACAAUUUACAGACAGAUAGUAUCACGAAAAACUCUCAAAACAAAAGAACUUACAUUAUGAUGCAAUAUUGACAAAGUUGGUUUAAAGAAGAUGUGACACUGCCCAGCAUUUUUGUCAAGGAGAGGCAUUGAAGUGCUCUGAAAGAUGUCUAAAAAUAAGCCAAUGGGCAAUGCAGUGGAUGGAUGAGUGACUUGUGUUCCAGUGAUGAUAGGAACAGGCAAGGCAGAGAUCAGACAAACCACAGUUGUUCGCAGUAACUCAUAAGUGAAAAGGCAAGGAAGUGGUCUGCAAAAAAUGGUUCACUGAUGCUGAGAAAGGCAAGGCAACUUGCAAAUAUUAAAAAUGACAAGAUGGUCCUUUUAAUGUUUGAAAAGGCAGUUGCAACACUGAUAAAUUAUAGUCAACAAGUCAACAGUUGUACUCUAGCAAUGGAGAAAGGCAAGACACAGGACAGAUCUGUGACAAAUGGUGCUCCAGUGAAUGGAAAGGCAAGACAUUGUAUGAGUGAUGUUUGACAAAGUUUGGUAUGAACAUAGCCGCUGUGUAUUGUGUGGGGUCAUCGUCUUAUCACUAGUUUCAUCUUUGACUGUAGCAGGUUCAGGGUGCAGUUUUCAGGCAGAGGAUGGGGGCUUUCCUGACUCGCGUAUCGCAGUUUGUAAAGGAAAAUGGUAUGGGCAUGUGAAGUAUGCCAGUGACCUGUGUGCCCCUGGCUGGGAUGUAUGCGACUGGAAUGCCGACGGUCACACACUAAGUAAAAUACCCUGGACAGUAGCAUUAUCUGUUGACGGUUGUUUUGCUUAUAAUGCAGCACAAGACGGGGGACGGUGCCAUGAAUGCCGUAAUCAGCUUAAUCAGGAUGAUUUAGCAGGUAUAGGGCGUGGCUGCCCACAUCAGCAUAAAGGUCAGUCAUCGUGUAUAAAUGGUGGUCGUAUAGAUGCAAGUUGUUGUGUUGACUCGCAUAUCAGUAUCAACAGAGGUUGUCAGCAGCAGCCCUGGAUCGAUGGCAUAAUGUGCUGUCGACAGUCAGCCAAACGACCUCAUAUUCUCGCCCCACCUCCUGAGCGUAUAGAUGUGAAUGUAGGGAGAAUAUUUAUGUUGUCUUGCCAAGCAGAAGGGAUUCCAGCACCACGAACUCAGUGGUACAAGGAUGGCUCAAAGAUUGGCGGCUCUCGUAAUUCUAGAACAUCUGUCCUUACAAACGGAGAUUUGUUGGUAACACUGACACGGAAAUCAGACUCGGGUCAGUACAGCUGCGAGGUCAUCAAUGAAGAAGGCAUAGAUAUAGCCCAUACACAAGUCUUUGUCAAAGAUCAUGACUCUGGCUGCGAGGAUGGGACAACGGAAGGGCUGUCUGUGUAUUCUGAUAUACAUGCAUGUUCAGGUCGCUGGAAAGGUCAUGUAAAGCAUGGAAGCACGUUGUGUGGACGUGGGUGGCGGGUCUGUAACAGUCAUGAUGCAGGGAGACUCGAGGAGUUAAGCUGGCUAGAUAUUUUAGAUAUCAAAGGAUGCUAUGCGUAUAAUGUUGCAAAUGAUAAAAGCGGAAAAUGUCGCAGAUGCCAUUCUGGAAAAGGACGUCUUGCAGGAAUAGGUCGUGACUGCCGAAAGGUCAAGUAUACAAUGCCCUCAUGUCUGUCUCAAGGUCGUAUAGAUGUAUACAGAUCGAAAGAUAAAGUACCAAGGGAGAAGAGUUGUUCAUAUCAAGAGGGUAUUACGUCUGGUGUUUUAUGCUGUAAAAGACACAAGAGAAAACAUAAAAUUAAAAAUGAAAUAUCUGCAUCUGGUAGACCUCACUGCUCUCUGGGCUGUGAAAAUGGAGGCCAGUGUGUGGGCUAUAAUGUUUGCAUGUGUCCUGUGGGCUACAAAGGGGCCAUGUGUCAAAAUGCUGUUUGUCCAGAUGGCUGUGGGUCUCGUGCAAAAUGUGUGAGUCCGGGACAGUGUGAAUGUAUACAUCCAUACACGGGGAAAAAUUGUGCAGAGAAGAGACACAGAUUGAGAUGUAAAUCUUCGUGUUUAAAUGGUGGGCAGUGUCGGAAAGGCAAAUGUAAAUGUCCUCCAACUCAUUACGGAUCCUCAUGCCAGCAUUUAUACAAGCACUUGUUUUUAUCCCAUCUAAACCGGACAGAGAGAUGAAGAAUUCCACAUGUUCCCUUCAUAUCACUGCCAUCACUACAGUCCCGUCAGCUGUGCUCAUAAAGCCGUGUCAUCCAUUUGUACAGAAAUCAUGACAGUACGUCUGCUGCAAUCAUGCAGUCAUCAUUUGCAUGGUGUCUGCUGAAACUGAUUGCUGUGUUCAGUGAAUUUUCACACAUUGAGUUGGCAUCCAGUGUCCAGUGUUCCUGCUAUAGGCUGAACUCACAACUUCAAUGAUUUAAGCAGUGAAAUAUUGUCUGCUGAGCCCACUCUUCUGUAUUUUGAAGAAAGUUGCCGUCUGCUUUCGUUAUGUUGCAGAAUAAAGUUUUCUCAAGAGUUUGUGGACCAGUCACAAAACUCAAGCAUCUCAUUGGCUGAUUCUAAGCUCAGUCUUAAAACCAACCAAUGGCAAGACUUUAUUCUGAGUCUGGUCUUCAAACUCAGUUUGUCUGUGCAUUUGUUUAAAGUAAUGUAUUUCUAUUAAGUCCCGUCUGCUGUGCCCCUCAUUAUUACAUUUGUAUAUAAUACAUCCAUCAUUAUCAUUACAUUGGUGUCCAUAAGUGAGGAAAAAAGAGUCACAGUUUCAACAAUUUUUUAAGUUCUCUAUUUAUAUUUUUUGUUAAAAUAUUCUUAUGAAGAUAAUUAUUAGAAUGACAAGCAAGUUUUCUCAAGAAAUAUCAACAGAUAGUAGGUUUGCUGAAUGAACUAGUGUUAGCAAACAAAUGCAUCCAUUUUGGCACAAUUUUUACUUCUUUUCCUAAAAGAAACUUGUCUAUUUAUGCAAAAAAUGAACAGCAAGCUACAAUCUUCAAUAAACACCUUACCAGUAGUUCCCUUUUUCUCACUAAUGAUACAUUUUAAUUGCAAUAUCUGUGCUUUUUCUAUUUUUCCACUUUUUCAUGAUCAUUUUCAUAAAUGUACUUUUAGCUUUUAGAUUGUUUACUGUUUUACCGGUAAUUGUUGUUCAUGAAAUGUUUAUUUAUUAUUCUGUCAGUGCAUUUAAUUUCAUUUUGUAAGUACUUUUUUGAAGCCGCUUCAAUAAAACAUUAAAAAUGUAAAAGCAAUAGAUUUGCUGUUGAUGUAUAAAAUAGUUUUGAAUGUAUCUCAUUUACAUAUGUACAUAAUUUUGUAAAUAUUUUGUACAUAAUGCAUUAUUUAUAUAAUUUGUAUACGUAUUACCGACAUUGUUUAUUGCGUUGUGAAGAAACUUUUUUUUUUCCAUUUUAUUUUGGCAAAAUUUGAGUUCAGUAUGAAAAAAUAUAUGAAUUAGGCAAUUGAUACAUUGUAAUAUUCUGCAUUUUUUACAAAGAAUACUUUGUGAAAAAUUGUGCAUAUACUCUUAUAUUCAUGUAAGCAAAAGCUUAUUAACUUUGAACUGUUGUUGUUUGGGUAAUGUUUUGCACAACUUUUUUUUUAACAAUAAUUGCGAAUAAUGCCACUUGCUAAUUCAAAAUAUUUGUGAAUAUAAAUUUUUAUCAUGUACCCAAGUUUUGCCAGUAUUUAGCUCGACUAUUUGGAGAAUAUGGAGAGCUAUACUACACACCUCUGCGUUGGUUUUAUGAGAUUUUAUGAAAUGGUAAUAUCUUAAGAGUAUACCAUCGAAGAUAUUUACUUCAAACUUGGAAAACUUAUUAUAACAUUCUAUACCUGUAGGCAAGAGAAAAUUUCUGGUAAUAUUUUGACCCCAAACUUCCAUCAAUUCUUUGAAUAGUUGAGCACUUUGUCAACAGACAGCUGUUGUUAAUACUGUGAAUAAAGCUGCUAUUUACCACGAAGUCACAAAAUAAAGCUUCUGCAAAUUUUACCUUAUCUACAGUAAUAAACAGCCUAUAACCUUUGACCUGCAUUCUGUGAAUGAUAAGCUUGCUAAUUAGCUUAAAUCACAAUACCAUUACUUGAAUACUGUUCAUAUUGAGGCACCAGAAUGAAGAGACCACCUCUGAAGCUGUCAUUGAUUUCAUGCAUAACCAAUACAUUAAAUAUUAAAAGAAUGCACAGUGUACUCAUAAAAUACAAAAUGACAGCCUAAACUAUUCCAGUCUAGUGGAUAUUAUAUCGGCCCCUCAACCGAAUGGUCCUUGGUACGAGCCCUGGACUUUUGUCCACUUUUAGGGGAAAUGGAUGUAAAUUACUAUUUACAGGAUAUUUCUAGUAAAAUGCUUUGGAUCGUAAGUGCUCAUAUGCAGUCAUAAGUUGUCUUUUUUCUACCAUAAAAAAGCUUAGUACAAACCAAUUCCAACAGCAAGUUCAAUAGAAAGUAACCUUGAUUCACAAAUAAAGUGUUCUAGAAAAACCUUAAAGUAUUAGGGACUUUAGUGGUGUAAUGUUGUUGGUUUCUUACUGUUGUUUCAGUGGACUGUGUGUUUCACAUUAUUAUAUUGCGUUUGAUGGUAUUAAAUUUUAUAUGCAAAGCUUUAAUACUACCUCAUGUAAUCACAGGGCUAAACAUAAAUAAAUUUUGUUUGUAUGUGUAAUGAUGAAUUUGCUGAUGUGUAGAUAUAAGAUGAUAAUUUGGAAUUUAAAGACGCCUUGGAAUAUCGUAAAAACAGGAUAAAUCAAUGAAGCGUUGUCCUGAUCUGCAAUGAAACAACUUUUUAUUUAUGGGUACAUCAGUUUUUUCCUGUCCUAACCAAUGCUAAUUUUUUUUCUAAUUUUGUAAUGUACAAAACAAUUGCCAAAUUGUCAUCCUAGAUCUAUAUGUGAAUAAGAAUACAAGUUGAAUGGCUUGAAACCUGUAUGAAGGUUGCUGCUAUACAGAAAUAAGGGCCAGUAAAGGUUUGACUGUUUGUACAUGUAAUAAGCUUGUUUAAUGUAAAUCUUAUUUAAUGUAAUUCUUGUAUAAUGUAAAUUGCUUACAGUACAACUGGGAGGUUUAGAUUUUAUACUUGUAUGGGUAACCUCUCCAUUAUUAAAAAGAAUCCGAGGUUUCAGAAUUCAAAACAUUGCAAUUUUCUCAAAAUAUACCCAUACACAUUCGAAAUACACUUGUAAAACCUUGAUCUGAAGUUUUAAACAUGCAGAUAUACAUGUUAAGAGAAACUUAGUUUAAUAUUUAACACAGUUUUCAAAUGAUGCUUAUGACAGAGAAAGGUAAUUUGUAUGUACACAUACACACCUUGAAAUCUUAACCUCUUGUAUUAAAUGCUUACAUUAUUAAUGACAUGCUAUGAACUAACAUUUUUCUGAAAAAUGUCGCUUUGAGAAUAUUGUUUUAUUUGAUGAAUAUUUUUAAUACAGAAAUCCUUGUUGUUAUAUCGUAUAUUUAAAGAUUAAUAAAAAUGUUGCCUGUG